AUGACAGACUCGCGGUUCUCGUCCCAGCAGAUGAGCCCCAGGGAGGACGUGGGGGCGGCGCUGUGCUGCGCGCUGCUGCUGGGGGCGGCCCGCGCCGCCGCCGAGCUGCUGGACGAGGUGCGGCUGGACGGCUGGGAGGCGGCGGAGGCGGUGGGGGCCGGCGAGGAGGCGGCGGCGGACGCGGAGAUGGGCGUGCGUCCGGAGCGGCUGCUGCGGCUGGACCGGGCGUUCGCGCGCGAGCGGGGGGCUGCCGGCGGCGGCAAGGGGGCGGCGGCGGCCGGGGGCGGCGCGGACUGGCCCGACACGUACUACGCCGGCGGCGACGAGCCGCUGUACGGCGCCGUGGUGGAGGGCGGCCCAGAGUCACCGGGUGGCAAGAGGAAGCGCUCCGACGCCGAUCACUACGACUACGAGCGGCUGAGGGCGGAAUACGAGGAGACGGCCCGGGCGGAGGCGGCGGUGCCGGGGGCGGCGGUGGCGACGGCGGCAGGGGGCAAGAUAGUAGACGUGCGCACGCCGCGCAACUGCUCGGCGGCGGCGGGCCGCGGCUACGGGCCCCGGGCCGUGCUGUGCCUCUGGCGCGAGCUGGGGGCGGCGCGCUCCGCGGGCCGGAGGCGGCGGCUGCUCGGGAGACUGGCGCGGGUCGCCGCCUUCUGGGGGCUCGUGUGGCUCGCCGUCGCCUUGCCCUUGUGGUGCCAGCUGGUGAGUGUCCCGCCCUGCUGGUGCCAGCUGGUGAGUGUCCCGCCCUGCUGGUGCCAGCUGGUGAGUGUCCCGCCCUGCUGGUGCCAGCUGGUGAGUGUCCCGCCCUGCUGGUGCCAGCUGGUGAGUGUCCCGCCCUGCUGGUGCCAGCUGGUGAGUGUCCCGCCCUGCUGGUGCCAGCUGGUGAGUGUCCCGCCCUGCUGGUGCCAGCUGGUGAGUGUCCCGCCCUGCUGGUGCCAGCUGGUGAGUGUCCCGCCCUUCUGGUGCCAGCUGGUGAGUGUCCCGCCCUGCCGGUGCCAGCUGGUGAGUGUCCCGCCCUGCCGGUGCCAGCUGGUGAGUGUCCCGCCCUGCUGGUGCCAGCUGGUGAGUGUCCCGCCCUGCUGGUGCCAGCUGGUGAGUGUCCCGCCCUGCUGGUGCCAGCUGGUGAGUGUCCCGCCCUGCUGGUGCCAGCUGGUGAGUGUCCCGCCCUGCUGGUGCCAGCUGGUGAGUGUCCCGCCCUGCUGGUGCCAGCUGGUGAGUGUUCCGCCCUGCUGGUGCCAGCUGGUGAGUGUCCCGCCCUGCUGGUGCCAGCUGGUGAGUGUCCCGCCCUGCUGGUGCCAGCUGGUGAGUGUCCCGCCCUGCUGGUGCCAGCUGGUGAGUGUCCCGCCCUGCUGGUGCCAGCUGGUGAGUGUCCCGCCCUGCUGGUGCCAGCUGGUGAGUGUCCCGCCCUGCUGGUGCCAGCUGGUGAGUGUCCCGCGCCAGGUGGUGAGUGUCCCGCACCUCUGCCCCGCGCAGGGCUGGUGUUGCUGCUGCCUGCAGCCCUGCCUCGCCUUCUGCCGGCCGCGGUCCACCCUGCGUCACGCGCGCGGCUACCUGGCCAGGAACCCUCCGGGCAGGCUCGUGCCGGACCCCGGCCAGAGCGCCAGAGUCUACGAGCCGAGCUCGUACGAGGCGCAGCUGUACCGCGAGCUGCAGCGCGACGUGCGCCGCGUGCUGCUGGUGUGAGCUGCCACCUGGCGGCGGGGACAGCAACUACACUCUGCCGUCCCCGUCAAGUCUGUGGAGUCAAUGGGACCGGGUGUGCGACGCAGGUGGCAGCUGUGACGAAGAUGCGGCGUCCCUGGGAGGACAGGCAGGGCGGAAGCCUCGACU